AUGGCUUUGAUUUCUGAGCUGCUCGAAAGUCGAUACCUUCUCCAAGGAAUCGCCCUGGCCUUUUUCUUGGUGAUUGUGUCGCAUUUCUACCAGGAGCUUGCUGAUGGAUAUCCGUAUCGAAACAUCCCCUUGGUAGGGAGAAGCCGAUGGGAGCUUUCAAAUGGCAAAGCCAAAGAUCGUUUUGUGAAGUCUGCGAAAGAGCUCAUGGCUCAAGGCUUCAGUCAGGGCAGGACCGUGUUCCAAUUGAUGUUCACUCACACCCCCAUGAUCGUCUUGCAUCCUAAAUUCAUUGACGAGAUCAAGAGUCACCCACAUCUGAACUUCGACGAGGCGAACAAGAAGGCCUUUUUCGGAUCCAAAAUUCCAGGAUUUGAGCCUUUUGAGGGUCUGGACAAAGACCACAUCUUGUUGGAUGUGAUCAACAAGAAGCUAACCCAUACGCUUGGCAAUCUCACCAUUCCUCUUUCGCAAGAGACUGCGGCUGUUGUCAAAGAAACAAUGCCCCCGCGAACUGAUGAAUGGCAACCUCUCAUGUUCGCGCGCGAAAUUCCAUACCUUGUUGCUCGGUUGUCAUCCCUGGUAUUCCUGGGCGAGAAGAUUUGUCGUGAUAAGGAAUGGCUGAAUGUAUCUGUCAACUAUACCACCGAUGCCUUUAUUGGAGCCCGUGCUCUUAGACUGUGGCCCACCAUCACCCGCCCCGUGGUCCAUUGGUUCCUGCCAUCCACGCGUAGAGUCCGGAAGCACAUCCGAGUCGCCAAGAAGAUUGUUCAGGACGAGAUCCAAAAGAGAGAGCUGAUCCGACAAGGCAAGCUUCCGGCAGAAGAUCCCCCACGGACGCACGCAGAUGCUUUGGAUUGGUUCCGAGAAGUUGCCGCCGGGCGUCCUUUUGACGAAACGAGGAACCAGAUUGGUCUUUCUCUGGCCGCAAUUCACACCACGUCUAACCUGCUGACGAAUGUUAUGUAUGACCUGGUAGCCUACCAGGAGUACAUCCAGCCACUCAGGGAUGAAAUCAGGGCCGUAAUGGAGGAAGACGGAAGUCUGAGGAAGACCAGCCUUACGAAGCUGAAGCUGAUGGACAGCGUCAUGAAGGAAAGCCAGCGCAUGAAUCCUGUGAGCAUCGCCUUCCUGCAGCGUCUCGCCAAAGCCGACCUUACCCUGUCGGAUGGCACAUACAUUCCCAAGGGGGCGACCCUGAUUGUGUCCGCUCACGCGAUGCGCGAUGAAUCCAUCUAUCCGGACGCCAACCAAUACGAUGGCUACCGCUUCUACAACAAACGCCAGGAACCCGGCAACGAGCACCGCUUCCAGUUCGUCACGACGAGCCCGGAACACUUUGGUUUCGGCCAUGGGAUCCACGCAUGCCCCGGACGAUUCUUCGCGUCGAACGAGGUCAAGAUCCUCCUGAUCCAUCUGUUGAUGAAGUACGAUUGGAAGUUCGCAGAGGACAAAGGCCGCCCGCAGGGGUUCAUGCACGGCACCGAGAUUAUCUGCGAUCCCCGAGUGAAGUUCCUCUACAAGGCGCGGACGCCGGAGAUUGAUCUCUCGAGUCUGGGGGAGGGAUUGGCCGCAUGA